AGAUGGCGGCGGCGAUGGCGGCGGCGGCGGCGAUGGACGAGGAGUUCGAGGACGCCAUCGACGUGGAGCCCCUGGAGCCCACCCUCUCCAACAUCAUCGAGCAGAAAUCACUCAAGUGGAUCUUCGUGGGCGGCAAAGGAGGAGUGGGCAAAACCACCUGCAGUUGCAGCUUGGCUGUGCAGUUGGCAGAGGUUCGAGAGACUGUGCUGAUUAUUUCCACAGACCCAGCCCAUAACAUUUCUGAUGCGUUUGAUCAGAAAUUCUCCAAAGUGCCAACAAAGGUGAAGGGUUAUAACAACCUCUUUGCUAUGGAAAUUGAUCCAAGCCUUGGUGUAGCUGAACUACCCGAUGAAUUUUUCGAAGAAGAUAAUAUGUUGAGCAUGGGCAAGAAGAUGAUGCAGGAGGCAAUGAGUGCGUUCCCAGGCAUCGAUGAAGCCAUGAGCUAUGCUGAAGUUAUGAGAUUGGUGAAAGGCAUGAAUUUCUCAGUGGUGGUCUUUGACACGGCACCAACAGGACACACACUGCGGCUCUUGAACUUCCCAACUAUCGUCGAGAGGGGUCUCGGCCGGCUAAUGCAGAUUAAAAACCAAAUUAGUCCUUUCAUCUCCCAGAUGUGCAGUAUGCUUGGACUCGGUGACAUGAAUGCGGAUCAACUUGCAUCCAAGCUGGAAGAGACCCUGCCGGUCAUUCGUUCCGUCAGUGAGCAGUUUAAAGACCCGGAGCAGACCACAUUUAUCUGUGUGUGCAUUGCCGAAUUUCUGUCCUUGUACGAAACGGAGCGACUAAUUCAAGAGUUGGCAAAGUGCAAAAUUGACACGCACAACAUCAUCGUAAACCAGCUGGUGUUUCCAGACCCCGGGGAGAAGCCUUGUCGGAUGUGUGAGGCACGACACAAAAUCCAGUCCAAAUACCUAGACCAGAUGGAGGAUCUGUACGAAGAUUUUCACAUAGUGAAGCUCCCACUGUUACCUCACGAAGUCAGGGGCACCGACAAAGUCAAUACUUUCUCCAAGCUCUUGCUUGAGCCUUACCUGCCGCCCAGCAAAUGAACAGACUUCCUUCAUUCCCUUUCAAUACCGAUGCGGGGAAAGCCUAGGAUUUGUAAUUUAUUAACACUGUGUUUGUAGAAACAAGCAUGGGGGAGGGAUGUGUGGAUGUUAUUUAUUGUGUUGGGCCAGGUGUGAGUUUAUUUGUUCAUGUAAUUCUGCAGUAAUACUGACUACACGAGCCGACCCGAAGGUUGUGUCAAAGCUGUACUAUUUUGACCUAAAUCUUAGCUCUCGCAAACGUUACACAUCAUUGCAUUCCAGCUUUGACUCUCCUUCCCCCCCCCCCCCCCUUAAAUAUUUACCUCCCCCCCUCCAAAAUAAGCAUCUACCUAAGACCGAAGCCCCUCUGCCCUCACCAGCUGCAAGCCACACUACUAUCGGAUCAAUUUUCACUCCGAGUGUGAUAGUCAUCAGAAGGAAGUGCAUGGUUCACAGCUGAAGGGGCAGUUCCACUGUGACAUGUUGAGCGAGUUUACCCACUCAACAUUAUGAGCCUCGUCCAUUAAACCAUUUAACACUAGCAACUUUAUCCAGGUUACUUUGUUAACACAUCAACACCAGUUCGAGGCAAAGAUGUGAAAGGGAGCCUUUUGCCUGAUAUUGGUCCAUUAUCUCAUUUAGGUCUAAUUUAAUAUUCAUCUCCUGUAACCUUGUUAUUCUGAAUACAAAGGCUAUCUUGGUCUUGGGUAGAACAGGGGGUACAAUAGACAACCUAUUAGUGUCAAGUGUCGCCUUGUAGCCAGAGUUACUUGUAGCCAGAGUUUUUUUCUUGUUUGGCACACCUGGCAUUUAAUUGAACAUCCAAUAGACAUGUUGUGAAUGCUGCCCGUGCUUUAUGGAAGUGUUUCUUUCUGAUUUGUUAAAGAAGUUUAAAUGAAGACACUUGUUAAGGAAUACCUAACCAGAAUGGUACUUUCAAAUGUUUUAUUUUAUUGCAUUGGAUCUGCCAGAUCUAUGUUCAAAUUGCUUACCUGUCCAUGUCCCUGUUGAAUGUGGAUGCAGAUUCUUCCACGAGUUUGGAGGAGGCAGCUUAGGUAAUCCCUCGGUUCCUGUUGUCACCGCACCUCAAGCAGUGGCUCAACUUAAAAUAGUGAGCCAUUUCAGGCCAGGAAAAUCAUACAAUUAAUCCCUGGGCUUUGCAAGAGCAGUUGGAUGUCUGCUUGGCUCGGAUAAUGGCGGAGAAGAUGGAUGUAGAAAGGAAAGGGGUAAAUUGGCUACAAUAUCUAAAUGGUUCUGGUCUGCCCUUGUAAAGGGUGAUGGAUGUGAACAACCUUUGGGCUCGGAUGUUAGCCAUUAAUGUUUCCUUUGAUCCAUGAGAAAUACCUGCUAAUAUGUACCAGAAGACCAAUACCAUCCAACAUUAUAUCUUCCAGGAGAGGCAGAGGGAAGGCUUAAUGUUGGGGGAUUACAAGUCAGUGAAUUGUUCACUCCACAAACGUUAAAUGUGUUUUAAUAGCAGUAGGUGAAACCUGUGGUGACUGACUGAGGUAGUAAUUGAGCGGCAACCGUCAAACCAUAAGGAAAAUUAAAUCCCAUGGGGGUGGUGAAGUUAAUUCUCGUCAGCAAAGAGGGAAGAUUCAAUGCAUUGGGCUUCUUUCACAGUGGAAUGACCAUUUUGUGUUUUAAUAUUGCCGCUGCUGUGGAGAGGCUGAGGAAAGCCAUCCAGGCCUGUUUAUUGCAAGCCCUAGGUUACCCUAACUCUGCUUUGUUUUGUAAAAUACUUGGCUAUUAGAACAACAGAUCCCUUUGAGAGCAGGGCCCAUGUGUUUAAACCAACCAAAUCAAAGGUAGCAGGGUGAUUGGAGAAGUACAUGAGGAGAAAAUGUUGCGCUCUUUUAAGAAUAUCUCUUAUUAAUUUACGUGACAGAUGACUGCUGUUUAAAUUUUAUUUAGAAUAAAUUUCUCAUCCCAUA